GUGGGGGCAAGAGGGAAGGCGAGACACUCAGAGAGGGAGACAGAGCCCCACAGUGAGAGGAAGGAAGGAAGGCAACAGUCGCCGACAGCCGAUGUGAAGACCGGACUCCGCGCGCCCUUUGCCGCCUCUGUCCGGCCUCAUCGAUGUUGUGUCCGCCGCCCGCUCGCCCGGAUCACGAUGAAUGCGCAGCUGACCAUGGAGGCGAUCGGCGAGCUGCACGGGGUGAGCCAUGAGCCGGUGCCCGCUCCUGCCGACCUGCUGGGCGGCAGCCCUCACGCGCGAAGCUCCGUGGCGCACCGCGGUAGCCACCUGCCCCCCGGGCACCCGCGCUCCAUGGGCAUGGCGUCCCUGCUGGACGGCGGCGGCGGAAGCAGCGAUUACCACCACCACCACCGGGCCCCCGAACACAGCCUGGCCGGCCCCCUGCACCCCACGAUGACCAUGGCCUGUGAGACUCCCCCAGGUAUGAGCAUGCCCACAACCUACACCACUUUAACCCCUCUGCAGCCGCUGCCGCCCAUCUCCACCGUCUCGGACAAGUUCCCCCACCAUCACCACCACCACCAUCACCACCACCACCCUCACCACCACCAGCGCCUGGCGGGCAACGUGAGCGGUAGCUUCACGCUCAUGCGGGACGAGCGCGGGCUGGCCUCUAUGAAUAACCUCUAUACCCCCUACCACAAGGACGUGGCUGGCAUGGGCCAGAGCCUCUCGCCCCUCUCCGGUUCCGGUCUGGGCAGCAUCCACAACUCCCAGCAAGGGCUCCCCCACUAUGCUCACCCGGGCGCCGCCAUGCCCACUGACAAGAUGCUCACCCCCAACGGCUUCGAAGCCCACCACCCGGCCAUGCUCGGCCGUCACGGGGAGCAGCACCUCACGCCCACCUCGGCCGGCAUGGUACCCAUCAACGGCCUUCCUCCGCACCACCCCCACGCCCACCUGAACGCCCAGAGCCACGGGCAGCUCCUGGGCACAGCCCGGGAGCCCAACCCUUCCGUGACCGGUACGCAGGUCAGCAAUGGAAGUAAUUCAGGGCAGAUGGAAGAGAUCAAUACCAAAGAGGUGGCGCAGCGUAUCACCACCGAGCUCAAGCGCUACAGCAUCCCACAGGCCAUCUUCGCGCAGAGGGUGCUCUGCCGCUCCCAAGGGACCCUCUCGGACCUGCUGCGCAACCCCAAACCUUGGAGCAAACUCAAGUCCGGCCGGGAGACCUUCCGGAGGAUGUGGAAGUGGCUGCAAGAGCCGGAGUUCCAGCGCAUGUCUGCGCUCCGCUUAGCAGCAUGCAAAAGGAAAGAGCAAGAACAUGGGAAGGAUAGAGGCAACACACCCAAAAAGCCCAGAUUGGUCUUCACAGAUGUCCAGCGUCGAACUCUACAUGCAAUAUUCAAGGAAAAUAAGCGUCCAUCCAAAGAAUUGCAAAUCACCAUUUCCCAGCAGCUGGGGUUGGAGCUGAGCACCGUCAGCAACUUCUUCAUGAAUGCGAGGAGGAGGAGCCUGGACAAGUGGCAGGACGAGGGCAGCUCCAAUUCUGGCAACUCAUCUUCUUCAUCAAGCACUUGUACCAAAGCAUGAAGGAAUAACCACGAACUGAAACCUCGGUGGAAAAGCUUUAAAGAAAAAAAAUUUUUAAAAGACCAGGAUGUCAAGAUAGCAGGUUUAUACUUAGAAAUAUUUGAAGAAGAAAAAAAAAAGUGUUAUUUAUAGUCCAAAGAAACCAAAGACUUAGCUCACCUGCAUUCUAACUUUGUUCAGAGACACACACUUCAGCGGGGCAACGACUUGGCAAGAAAUAUGAGCAGGAAAACACCACUGGAUCUUAUACCUUCAAUCCAUGAUCAUUCUCGCUGUACUUGGCUGUUUCGUGGUUUGGAGCAUAGUGGUUUUGAGCCAUUGAGUGGACAUCUUUCAAGAUCGGACUUUCUCAUCUGUUCCACCACGCCACGAAGGUGUAUGGUGUCUCAGUACUUGCGUGUGUGGGUGCGUGCAUGUACACACACACCACCACUACCCCCAGUGGUUAGGGACUUAGGCAGGGCUGGUCUUUAGGAAGGGUUGUGCUGUAGGAGUGCAACCAACAGUGUGGGGUUGUCUGAGUUCAUUGGAUUCGGAGUGUGAUUUUGCUCGUCUAGCCUAAUGUUUGAACCUGCCAGGCCCGCAACCUAAAUGCAGAUUCAAACCCAGCAAAGAAAAUUUGAAUGACACCUAAACUAGUGCAUUCUCUUUGUUUGUUAAGGAAUGUUCAGCUAUUUUUUAAGAAAUGAAACAAGAGUCCAUCCAUUAAAAAAAAUCACCUAGGUACCAAAGAACACACUUAAUAUUAAAGUGCAGGUAUUUUAUUGCAAUGAUUUUAAUAACCAAAGCUAUUUUUACACAAGAUACUAUGUAAAGUUAUACGUAUGAACUGAUCUUAGCUGUAAUACACAUGCCACGUAGAAUCAUGACUAUUAUUUAUGACUCUUGAAGCAUUUGAAAUAUUUGUUUUCAGAACUGGCAAGAAAGAAUGUAGCUUCAGGGAAGCAAUUAAUACCAUAACAGAGAGGUCGAUUCAGUAUACAGGUACACCCAGAUAGCACACUCCCUUUCGGGAUCCAUAAAUGUCACUUAAGUAGACAUAUAACGUGAUUCCAGAAUCUGUUUAUAGCUGAGAAAACCUGGGGGCUCUUUCAAACUAGGAUCCCAUCUGUAAACUAGAAAAUGAAAUUUAACAGAGUAGAUAACUAAGUUAGAAAAUUUGUUCAAAGUAAUACUUUUUUAGUAAAAAGACCAUGGAAUAAGGGCCUCCAUACUUAGAUUAAUUUGACAAAUCUUCUUUAUGCAUUUGACGCCAAAUACCAUUUAAAAUACUUUACAGACACACAAAGUGAGCAGAACAACAUUAUUAUUAAAAUGAACUAUCCAAUAUUUGUAAUCAUUCUAUAGAUACAAUCAAACUGUUUUUAUUGCUAAUCCCAGAUAUUUUAUAAAGACUUGGCCAUCAAUAAAAAUAGCAGGUACAACCAAGGAAUGGUGGAACAUAGGACAAAACAGAGUUCUAGUGGGAGAUAAGACUUUGGGUUCUGUAGGUCUUAGGCUGUUUAUUUCACCAAGCAUGGGCUCUAAAGCAUACUACAUUCUUUCUUGCUACUGCAUUAAGCUGGAAAUUUUAUAACAUAGAUUCCACUCUCUAACAGGGACAGAUAAAAACUAGACCUCAACCUCCAAAUAUAAAAAUAUAAAUUUCUAUUUUCCCAAAUCACUUAACCAGGGCCAUAGAAAUCAAGGCACAAAAAAAACAAAAACAAAAACAAAAACAAAAAAAAAAAACACCAAAAGAUAAUACAGUGGUACUAGUAGUACCUGAGUGAAUCACUUGAUUUUCCCCUCUAAAUUCUAUCUGAAUUCCAUUGAAUUGUCACUCAUAUAAGUGGAAGUCUUUUGUACUAGUAGGUAAAGAACUGGGUAUUCUUGGUUAGCAUAUCUAACUAGAAAUAUAAAGUUAAAUAUUAUCUCAACAAUAAGUUGUUUAUUGAGAUUCAUUCACAUGCUAAAGAAAAAAAAUAAACCAUCUUGAAAUAAAAUCUAGCUCCUUAGGAUCAAAUCCCAGCAUCUUGUCUAGGUCUAGAAGAGGCAGGCACCUGGAGAGCUGAGGCAAAACCAAUGAACCGUCUGUGACUCCUUCAUGUCUGCUGUAGGCUGAGGAAAGGAAAUCAACACAUACUUCACCUUUAAUGAAGUAGUGCAUUUGCCUUGACACAUUCUAUUUUCUUUAUCUCACCCUAAAUUCCAGCUUAAAAUUUUCCCUUCUAAAUAUGGCACAAUUACAACUGAGCUAUUAAAAGAGAUCAUUUAAAUGGCUGCCCUCCAAAUUUGCUAAAAAUUUAAUCUUGUCAAUGACAUAAACUAAAAGGAAAAAACUGAUUUACUUUUUUUUCUCUCUCCAGGAAUAGAGGGGGCCAUGGGUACAGCUAUAUAAUGUAUUUUCAUUUAGGAGGGAGGAAAGCCUUAUUUAUUUAAAACGUGAGAAUUUUAAAUGCAGGGAAAUUCAAGCUGUGUCUACACCCAAUCUUACCAAAUUCAAUAUCCCAGUAAAAACAAAAGUUGAAUUCAGACAACCAUAGUUUUUUUAUUUGUUUUUACAUAUUACCCUCUCAAAUUGAUCUAACUGCAUUUUAAGUUUUCAACCAGUUAUUUUGGUACUACGUAGACACAGUCUCAAAGAAUAUUGCUACAGUUUUAAUAUUCUCACCAUAAUGGUAUUUUUUUGAAAAAUAACCAGUGAUUCUAUUUGCUAACACCAAAGAUAAUUUUCAUACCAGCAUUGAAUGUGCACCCAUUAUGCAAUUUCAGGGCCUAGAGAUAUAUUUUCUCAUAAACAGAUGCACAAAUCCGAGCCUGAAAAGCAAUUUUUUUACUUGACUAUUUAAGCAUCCUCACAACCUCUGCUUUUUAGAAAUUAUAAUGGACAAACUCAGCUUCUCACAAGCAAUACACUUAUUCCAUCAUGUAUGACUGAUUCUGUUUUGCUUCUGACUUGUCAUAUAGAAUAUGCUUCCAUUCCUGCUUCAUGUAGCAUUCAUUUAUGGCUCAGGUUCUAAACCCACCACAACCGAGCAGAUCACAUGCCAUUUACUCACCCAUUAUUUCUCAGUCCUUGAACAAAAUUCACCUAAAAAGAUAUCUCAUUCUUUUAUUAGUAUAUUUAUUUAUACCAAAACUGCGCUUCAAAGAAUACAUUUUGGGGUGUUGUGUUUGUUUGGUUUUUUGGUUUUUGUUUUGUUGGGGUUUUUUUUUGGUAGAAUGGAAGUUAGACUGUUUUGGGCCAUAAAUCUUUUAUGUCCUCUCAUGACUAGAAGCUUCUCUGAAAGGGAGCCAAGAGAAAGAGUAGGAGGUCUGGACACCCCAAAAGCUCAGUAAAUGUUCAGGGUAAAAGAAUUCUGGAUGUUAGAAGCUGAGUGUUCCAGUCCUAGAUGUAGCAGGAAUAGACCCCAAAAACCAAAGAAAAUGUGUGGGGAAAUUCAGAAGUUCUAACUGCACAUGUCACUCACUCUCUCCCUCCCCGCAAAAAGCAUAAUGAAUUUUCCAGGAAAAAAAGUGAAAGCACUAUGCUGCAUUUGGACUCAUGCCCCUCCCAUUGCUACCCCAGGUGAAUGACCCAUCUUUUUGCAGAUUAAAUGCAAACUUUGCUAUACCAAAGAGUCCUAGGACAUUUUCACAUGAGCUAUAAAGGCAUUUUCCCUAAAAAAAGGUUCUCCCUUCUUUGUACAUAAAGCAUGAAAACUAUGCAUUUAGCAAACAAAGAGAAAGCACUUCUCCCUUUCCGAUCUAGUUGUUUAGGGUGCAUUCAAACACCAGAGGCCGUUUUGAGAUGCGAUUGGCCUUCUGGAUUAUUCUUGUGGUGUGGUUAGCUUUACAGUGCAUUUGGUAACUAUUUCCUAACUAGGAAGGACAAAGAA